AUGCCGGGUAUAGACCCUAGUGUCAUUACCCACCGUUUGAAUGUAUGUCCUUUCUCCAAGCCUGUGCGACAAAAGAAGAGGGUGUUUGCCCCUGAUAGAGAUGGUGCAAUCAAGGACGAGGUCCGAAAGCUGAUGGUAGCGAAGUUCAUUUGGGAAGUGUACUACCCGGAUUGGUUGGCCAAUGAUGAGGGAAGGCAUCUAGACGACCUGCAGGAGACAUUUGACACACUGAGACAGUAUCACAUGAAGCUGAAACCUAGCAAAUGCACUUUUGGAGUAUCGUCAGGGAAAUUUCUUGGCUUUAUGGUCUCCCACAGGGGAAUUGAAGCAAAUCCAGAUAAAAUUCAAGCAAUAUUGGACAUGAAGCCACCGCAAAAUACCAAGGAAAUCCAAUCCCUCACUAGACGAGUUGCUGCGCUUAACAGCUUAGCAUUGAUAAGAAAGGAAGAUAAAGUGCAAAGACCUGUGUACUAUACAGGCAAGACAUUGAAAGGAGCGGAAGGACGGUAUCCACAAAUGGAGAAAUUAACCUUCGCACUGAUCACCGAUUCUAGGAAGCUGAGGCAUUAUUUCCAAGCGCAUGUCAUUAAUGUCAUGACAGAUCACCCGCUCAAGAAGGCAAUGAAUAGACUGGAAGCUGCAGGACGAUUAAUCCAGUGGGCUGUGGAGCUCAGUGAGUUUGAUAUUAGGUAUCAACCAAGGCAUGCCAUAAAAGCUCAAGCCCUAGCAGAUUUUAUUGCGGAGUUUACCCCAAGUCAUAAUGAGACAGAAGACAGUAAGAGAUGGAUCGUCCACGUGGAUGGUUCGUCUACACGGCAUGCAGGAAGAAUUAGUGUGGUCCUGCAAUUGCCAAAAGGAGAUAAACUAAAACAUAAAGUCCGUCUACAGUACCAAGCAACUAACAAUGAAGUCGAGUAUGAAGCCCUCCUCAAAGGGCUAGAAUUGGCUACGUCCGUGGAAGCCAAGUCCAUAUGUGUCAUGGGGGAUUCUCAACUGAUCAUGGGGCAAGUAAAUGGGAUGUAUGAAGCGAAGGAAGAACGAAUGAAGAAAUACCUUGGUAGGGUGAUGCGUCUUGUGAAAAGAUUUGAAAAAGCUGACUUCAUUCAAAUCCCAAGGGAGGAUAAUGUGGAAGCUGAUACUAUAGCAAAAGAAGCCUUAGCAAAUGAAUCAAUAAAGAAGUCAGAUGAAGUUCAAUAUAUGCCAAGUAUAGAUGUCCCGGAAGUACAACAGGUGGAUAACAGAGAAAAUUGGAUGACCCCCAUUAUAUCAUACUUGAAAGACAGACGACUACCAGAAGAGAAGGAUGAGGCCAAGAAGGUGAGGGUGAGAUCAGCAAGAUACGUCCUUAUGAAUGAAGUGCUAUACAAGAGAGGUUUCUCUCAGCCUUACCUUAGAUGCUUAGCUCCGGACGAAGCAAACUACGUACUGAGAGAAGUUCAUGAAGGGGCAUGUGGCAAUCAUUCAGGAGCCAGAUCACUUGUCCACAAGGUCGUCCGUGCAACCAUCGGAAUACCUCACCCCAAUGGUGGCACCGUAGCCCUUCGCACAAUGAGGAUUGGAUAUUUUGGGUCCCUUCCCUUUGGGAAUAAGGCAGAUGAAGUUCUUAGUGGUGGGCAUCGAUUACUUCACCAAAUGGGUGGAAGCAGAACCGUUGGCAAAUAUCACACAACAGAAUGUGAAAAAUUUCGUGUGGAAGAACAUUGUUCACUUUGA